UGCAGGCCUGCAGGCGGUGACUCAGGAUGUGGCGUCGUCUCUGUACAAAUGGGAAUUAAAACUAUAGCAUAUAGCAGGUGUAUUUAUGUGCAUGAGAGCGAGGUGAUGGUGGGAAUGCAGCAGAGAAAGCUCGUUGUGUGUCGGGAUAAAAAGACAUAAAGGAGUUUCAGCUCUGGUUGAUUCAAUAGAGAUGAUGCAUCGUGUGCAAUCUGUGGUGCUGCAUCCAACUGUGCAGCAUGAAACCUGCAUGAAGCGUCACCACUUGGCUGUUUUUACCAUGUCAACACUGUGACAGGUGGACAAUAACAUGGGUGCUGAAUUGACAGCAGUUGAAUGAAUCACAGGACAGCAGGCACACGAAGAAAAGCGAAACCUGGAGCUCGGAGGUCAUGUGGGGUUUGACAGCCUCCCAGAUCAGUUGGUCAGUAAAUCAGUCGCACAGGGAUUCUGCUUCAACAUCCUCUGCGUAGGUACGUCUGAACCCAGGAGGAGUUCCUAAUCUAAAGUGAGACAGGGAUAGGCAAGUCAACAUUAAUGAACACUCUUUUCAAUACAACAUUUGAAAAUGAGGAAGCCAGCCACUAUCAGACUGAGGUACAGCUGCGUCCACAAACCUACGAUCUGCAGGAGAGCAAUGUCAACCUCAAGCUGACCAUUGUGCACACUGUCGGGUUCGGAGACCAGAUCAACAAAGAAGAAAGCUUUAAACCCAUUCUUGAGUAUAUUGACGCCCAGUUUGAAAGAUUCCUCGAGGAAGAGCUAAAAAUAAAACGCUCCUUGUAUAACUGCCAUGACACAAGAAUCCACAUCUGCCUGUAUUUCAUCGCUCCCACCGGACACUCCUUGAAGUCCCUUGAUCUCGUCACAAUGAAGAAACUGGACAGCAAGGUGAACAUCAUCCCUGUUAUCGCGAAGGCAGACACGGUAUCCAAGAGCGAACUGGACAAAUUAAAGAUCAAGAUUAUGAGCGAGCUGGUCAGUAAUGGAGUGCAGAUUUAUCAGUUCCCUACAGAGGAUGAAGCUGUUGCAGAGAUCAACACCUCCAUGAAUACUCAUCUUCCCUUUGCUGUGGUUGGAAGUCUAGAAGACGUUAAAGUGGGUAAUAAGAUGGUGAAAGCAAGGCUGUACCCCUGGGGAUCAGUACAGGUGGAGAAUGAAAACCAUUGUGAUUUUGUGAAGCUGAGGGAGAUGCUACUGCGUGUGAACAUGGAGGACCUCCGAGAGCAAACGCACGCCCGACACUAUGAGCUCUACCGUCGCUGCAAGCUAGAAGAGAUGGGCUUCAAGGACACAGACCCGGACAGCCAGUCGUUCAGCCUCCAGGAGACAUACGAAGGCAAGAGGAAGGAGUUCCUUGUGGAUCUGCAGCGCAAAGAGGAAGAAAUGAGACAGAUGUUCGUUAACAAAGUGAAGGAGACGGAAGCAGAGCUGAAAGAAAAGGAAAAAGAGCUUCACGAGCGGUUUGAGCAGCUCAAGCGGAUGCACCAGGAAGAAAAGAGGAAUCUGGAGGAGAAAAGACGAGAACUGGAGGAGGAGAUGAAUGCCUUCAAUAGAAGAAAGGUUGCAGCUGAGACGCUGAUGGGACAGGCGCUCCAAGGCUGCUCACAACCAUUCAAGAAGGACAAGGACAAGAAGAACUUCUUUAGUCUUCCAUCUGCGUGCUCCUUAACCUCAGGAAGGAAUUUGAAUUAGAAGACUUUCUACCACAUCAAAAGAUCACUGACUAACAAUCAAGUGUAUUAUUUUUACAAUGUGAAAUGACAAUUUUUUAGAAAUGCACUUACUGUAACAUCCCUGGAAGUGAUUCAGCCUGAAGUCUUCCAUGUCUACUAAACUCUCCUUAAAGCUUCUAAGCAGCGCUCUGUAGCAUGGUCUCUGCAUGGCUCCUAACCUUCAUUCCUAAUGAAAGAUCAUUGCCAAAAUCUCAGUUUUUGUACUAAAUGUGCUACCUUCAUUUAUCUGCCAUGUUAUGCUUGUAGUUUUUGACUGAUGACAAUUUACACUGUGACAUAUAUCUUAUAAAGUGACAUUAUAUUGCUGUUAAAUGUUGUACGGAUUGCUCAUUAUAUUAUGAUUUAUAAGCACUUUAAAUCCGUCAUAAUACAAAUACUAUUAUAUUUACUAUCAUUAUAAAAGUUGCCCUAUCAUGCUAACAUGUCAGCCCCUUAUGUUGUGUCAAAAAAGAGUUAGAAGUAUUUCAUAGUUUUAAACUGCAAAAACUAUAUAUAUAUAUAUAUACUGUUACUUGAAAACAGCCUGGGUGUAUAUAAAUUCAGGAUUAAAUCUCUUUAUGUCAGUAGAUCUUUAUAGUGGGUCUGUGUGGGCCUGCUUGCAGAUUUGUAUAUCCUGAUGUAAUAAAGACUUACUACUUGUG